AUUUUCUAUUGAAGACAGCAGUGAAAGGAAAGGCUACAAGAAUUUAAAAGUCUAACCUGAGGAAUUCUCAAGACUUUUGAACUUUUUAAGGAGGCAGCUCGAAAACCUGUGAAGGCCAUGGGAACUUCCGCCAUCUUGAUCAGUGGUUUACUUCUUACUGUUGUUACCCUCUUUGUUGUCGAUGGCAGACAGAUGUGCUGGUCCUGCCAGUACGUGGCUGGAGGCCGAGGUGAGGAAUGUGCAAGUGCCCCGAGCAAUUGGACCGAGGGCAACCCAAGGACCCAAUGUGAGGGCUACUGCGUGACCUUGGCUAGAUUUUCUGCAUUCACGGGUAAACCCACCUAUACCUUUCGUGGUUGUUAUGCAAGCAAGGGGAAUCGGAAGCAAGGCUGCGUUAGGGAUGGCGCCGAAAACGACUGCUACUACAUCUGUGGUGAUGGGAACCACUACUGUAACGACAAAUCACUACCCACAUCGCCUUAUGUGGCGCCCACUGGUGGCAACGGAGCUGUCGGUAUAUUUACCUUUGGACUGACAUACACUGCAUAUUUGUUUUUGGCCGUUUUGGUGGCCCAAUGUUUAAUUCAUUGAAGACGCACUGUUUCGGAGUACAUACUUUAAAAAUAUAGAAGAAUAGUUUCGUUUUUCGAGCAGAUUUUUCCAUUCUGUUUUCUUUGUCUGAAACUUUAAUGAGGCAUGCAAAAAUGUAUGCAGGUUAUGAAAUAUGCAAAUUGACCUAUUAGGUUUGUGUACGAUGGUUCAAAACGUGCCGCAACGUCGCCUUUGGUCUGUUACUGAUUACUGGUUGGACACAUGCGUCGCUUCGUUCUUAAAGAGUUAACAAAAUCUUUUUACUGCCGUUCUGCUGUAUAAAAUGUACUGAAUAAAUAAUGCUCUCGGUG